CGUUAUCAACUUUUAUAUUCUUCUAAAUGAUAUAAUAAUAAAUAUUACAAGAAUGUCAACACAGAUUAUGUCGAUUUACGUGUCGGUUAUAAAAUUUGACGUAUAGAAAAUCGGAUGCGUACUUGGAACCAAUCAGUACAUUCGAAACAAUCCGAAACGCCACAAGUUGUUGAUCAUACUUGAUCUUAUCCUAACUGCGUGUGUAUAAACAUUGGAAGAGAAAAACGAAGAAACUCAAUCGUAUUUAUAUCACUGCAUUGUUACAACUGGUUGCAAUUUCUUUUCAUUUUUCACAACUCUUCCAAAUAAAAUUAUCAAACAAAAUUGUAUCAUAAAAAUCACCAUAACCACCAUGGACAAGUGCGUUCAGGCUGAGGUUACGUUUCAGGAUUUUGAGGUAGACGAACGAUUCAAAAAACUGCAGCUCUCUUUAAAAUUGGCUCGACUAAGAAAUCAGUGCAACAAGAAUGUAGAUCAGAAGCUAUUCUCUGGUCCAACUUGGUCCAACAUCUCUAGCAUUAAUGGGGAUAGUACCAAUGUCAGUUAUUUGAAUUCACCAUGCUGGAUAAAUUCACCUUUGAAUCCUACAAUGUCACAUGCUCCUUCGAUGAAGAGCGAGAUUUUAACUUCCAGUAAUAAUCUCAGAAACAUACUUUUGAAAAAAAAGCAUUACAAUACUAAUAAUAGAAAAAUAAUGGCUACAUCCAGUGUGAAACAGUGCGAUGUUAACCAAGAUAAAUUUGAUCAAUUUGUUAUGCCACCUCCAGUAGGAAGUAAAAUUUAUCGCACAGAUGGGAAAAACCAAGACAGAGUUCAUAUGUUGUCAAAUGAUAAAAAAGCAGCAUCAACUGUGUUUGAUGGUUUUGUACAGUUUUCCCCAUCAAAUAUGCUUUCUGCGAAGAACAGCUGUAUAUCCACUAAUACUAACAAAAACUAUCCACAAUCUUAUGUUGCAUCACAGAUUUCUGUCGAUAAAAUACAGAAAGUUAGAGUUUUUUCAAGAUGGAAAGUUAUAUUUAACGAUCAAUAUGAAUUAAUAAUCAAAGGAACGUUAGAAUGUGGAAAACUUGUACAUAGCAAACCGAUUGUAAGAAGAUACACUGCAACAUGUAUUGAAUCCAAAUUUAAACACAAAUAUAAUCUAAAAGGAAAUAUUGUCGAUGAAACAAAUGAAUUGCCGGAUUAUGUACACAACAAAUUUUACAAUGGAUUUCCUGAUGACUGGGAGAAUGUUUAUUUGAUAUGGAAAACCUAUAUUAGCCAGGGAUGUCCAAUAAAAUUUCGUUGGCCCACUCCUAUUACUGAUAGUGAUGACGACUUAAAAAGUGAAAUGACAGAUUUGACCUACGCUUGCGUGAGUAAUGGUAGAACUGUUUUCAAAAUGAAGUCUUACAGAUCAACUGAACACAACCAGUCUGAAUAUUUGAGCAAUAAAUCUCCAAAGGAGAAAAAAAUACAUCAUAAUCGUUCUGCAAACAAUUCUCAAAGAUGCAAGACAAAUACUUCGUUUGCAAAGCCCUUUAUUCCUAAUUCAGAAGAUAAUACAGCACCUAUUGCACAAACGAGGAAUGUAAACUUAGCACACGACGAAGAUAAUGAACAGCGUUUUAAAUCGAAUGCAAAUACAUCGUACUCUUUCAGGGAAAUGGCCAAAUUAAUAGAUCCAGACGAAUACAUUCAGGAGGAUAAGCUGAAUGUUAUUAUUAACAAUUUGGUGGAUAAGAAUUGUCCUGAGACAUAUAUUGAUAACGUUGUCCAAGUAUUAGAUCGUCUGAAUUACAUAGUGUCUUACACACUGCCUUCAGAACGUAGUUAUGACUCGAUAGUUGUUACGAAUCAGGAUACUUCCAAGUCGGCACCGAUCCCGCAACAGCAGAUUACCAUGCACAAUAACAAACGUGUAGAUACUAAUAAUACUCAAAACCGAGCGACGGAACAGAAAAGCUAUGCACAUUCUACCGACCCGGGAUACGAAAGUAUAAAAAAUGAUUUUAUCACCACCCAUCAGUCGAAUCCAGCUGUAACUGUUGAGCCGGAGCAGAACGAUAACAGAGAUUCAGAUAAAUUGGAGAGCGAAAUUUACGCGGGCAUACCAAAAAUAUCGGUCGAACAAGUUUUAAGACACAGAGAAAAAAUGCACAAGCGUCCAGCGAGAAAGAAAAUAGUUCCUCAGCAGAAUGCUGAACAGCACAAUGCGAGAUUUCGGUCGCAUUGUGCUGUCGAUUCGCCGCACACUGAACCUGUUCAAACAAUUUCAAUCACGAAUGCUAAGGAAACUUUACUUACCGAAUUUUACAGCACGUCUGAUGAAGCAACGGACAUGGGAAGACGCCACAAAGUUGUGCAUCAAAGACCGCACGAAGCAACUUUUUCUAUCAAUCCGAAAGUACUGAAGAACAAUAUAGGUGUACAUGAAGCAGCGAAGCCUCCGCAACAGCAGGCACAUUCGCGAAUUAUUUCUAAUGUCGAUAGCAAAGUGAUUACUGUAGAUACAAACACGCAGGAAGCAAAUAAAAGUACAAAGUCAAAUAUUUAUUUAAACAAAGAUAUUGUGAUUAAUGAUGAAAGUAAUAACAAUGUUUCCGAAAAGCCUCGAAGACUGCAUAUAGAAUUCAUCAGACAACCGGAAAGCGAGAUUGUAACGAAGAGAUCAAAACCUAUCAUAACCAAUUCGAUACCGGUGAAGCUGAAUUUGAAAAUAAGUAACACGAGUUUAAAUAACGCACAAUUGCAUUAUUCAGACAUGAUUGUCGAGGAGGACAAGCAGCGUGCGAAUACCCGGUCGACGAAUAAAGUUUACACGAAGGAACCCGUAUUUACCACGAAAUCUGUGAUUAUUAAAAAUGAUUCUAAAAUGACAGAUGAUAAUAAAAAGGAGGCUCAUCCCAGUAAGAAAGAUUCGACGAAAUCGAUGAUGAGUCCAGCAAUUGAACAAUCUAACAGCGAUAAACGUAAAAAUCAUUCUAAAGUGUUGAUCGCGUGGAUACCAAAAGUAGUGCACUAUGCGAAAUCCUCGUAUAAAUUAGGGCUGAUUUUCCAAGGCAAAUUACUCAACGAGACUGGUUAUGUCAUCAAUAGACAUUUCACGACGGAUGUUAUACUGAAAAGAUUAUCGGAAACGUUGAUCGAAACCGUAAAUCAUGAAUUCUACGAACUUCGCGGACAUUUGAAUGACAAUAAACAUAAUAUUUCCAAGAAGCUUGCAAUGCAAUGUCGCAACGGAUGUCCCGCGAAUAUCAAACAGUUCUGCCUAACUUGGGAAACUUUGCAAAACGAUAACAAUCUUCAUGAUGCGUCGGUGGACUCAUUGAAGGCGCUUGUUAGUUCGAGAGGACGUAAGAUCGUGCCACCAUUGUGCUACUGGGAAGGUGAACGUAUAAGUAUGAAAGAUAACACUCCAGUCUAUAACCCGGGCAAUUUAACUUUGUUCAGCUCGAACGAAGCAUUGUCACCGAGGGUCAAAACUGCGAGCACUACGAAGAAGCAAGACAAAUCCGCAGAAAAAUCCGCAGAAAAAUCCGCGGUCAGUAGUAAACGACGGAUAGCACAACGAUUGACGUAUUCAUCCACCGAUAGUGAAGAAGAGAAAAAAGUAUCUCCGCGUAAGCGUUUCCGCAACUCUCAGUCGAAACAGCAUGCAGAUGCGAAAUCUUUGAAAAGUCAAAUAAGAAAACAAAUAUUCUCUUUGCGAAGCAGAGCUUUACAUGAAGACAAUUAAAUCCAAGUAAUUUUCACGUUUUUGAAUGUUCUUGAUAUUUUGUGUUCUGAAUUAUUUGCGUUUUAAAUUUGUUCUAAAUAUAAAAUUUAUUGUUCGUAUUUUUAUAUUAU